CUAAAGUUUUAGAUUUUCAACAGAAGUCGUUUUCUCUGUCAACUAUAUAUUAAGAGUUGUUUCCGUAAAAAGGAAAAUUCAUACAGCUCUUCCUUGUACAAAGGCAGGAAAGUUCUCACUUCAACAAUAUGAUUGAAUGUUUAAAAACAUGAACUAUCACGCCAAUGUCAUUUUCAAUACCACAGUUCAGGAAGUUUCCACUAUCAGAAAUGAGAAGUAAAAAGCAAUAAGUAUGAGUCAGGAUUAGAUAAAAUUAUAGAAAUGUACUUUAAAUCCGGUCAUUUUCUGUCACUGGGUUAUGAAAUUAAAGAUCAAAAUGUUUGGAAUUUGUCAUCAUAAUAAGAUAAAUGGACAGAUAUCAUACAGCUCUUCCUUGUACAAAGGCAGGACAGUUCUCACUUCAACAAUAUGAUUGAAUGCAUAUGCAUAUCAUAUGUGUCACUUUGUUCUAACAAAGUCUGGGCACUUUGAUCACGGGUUAAAAUUCCGGAUUCCACCUGAUUAUGUUUCUAGGUUUGUCACCAUACCUGUGCUCGUUGGUUUCACCUGCGUCUCUGCGUCUCUGCGUCUCUCGCAUUCUGUUCGUUUCCACACUGGAAAUGAAGAAUUGGUACACAGCUUUCCUCAAGAUGAAGAUGGGAGUCGCUGGAACAAACCAUGAUAAAAUAUCGAGGCCUGAUGUGGCUGUUGGUAGAAUAACUAUCUUUACAGAUUCAUGUUUGAAACUUACUGAUGGUUCUGAUCCUAGACAUCCUGGCACUGGCGCCAUCUGGAAUGAUGGCUCCAAAUACCGUAGUUUGGGCAUUUAUUUUGAAAAUCCAUUACAACUUGAGAACAAUAAAUUAUUAGCAAGUAAUGCUCCUGUCAAACUUGGGGAUCCACCAAUGCUUGAAGCCAUGGUUCUAUCAUACCGUGGCAAUCACUCCACUGUUGAUAUAAUCAAGAAAUUCAGAAAGCACUUACUUUCUAACGCUAAUGAUGUAAAUCCAUUACAACUUGAGAACAAUAAAUUAUUAGCCAUUGAUGUUACUGUCAAACUUGGGGAUCCACCAAUGUCUGAAGCCAUGGUUCUAUCAUACCGUGGCAAUCACUCCACUGUUGAUAUAAUCAAGAAAUUCAGAAAGCACUUACUUUCUAACGCUAAUGAUGUAAAUCCAUUACAACUUGAGAACAAUAAAUUAUUAGCCAUUGAUGUUACUGUCAAACUUGGGGAUCCACCAAUGCUUGAAGCCAUGGUUCUAUCAUACCGUGGCAAUCACUCCACUGUUGAUAUAAUCAAGAAAUUCAGAAAGCACUUACUUUCUAACGUUAAUGAUGUAAAUCCAUUACAACUUGAGAACAAUAAAUUAUUAGCCAUUGAUGUUACUGUCAAACUUGGGGAUCCACCAAUGUCUGAAGCCAUGGUUCUAUCAUACCGUGGCAAUCACUCCACUGUUGAUAUAAUCAAGAAAUUCAGAAAGCACUUACUUUCUAACGUUAAUGAUGUAAAUCCAUUACAACUUGAGAACAAUAAAUUAUUAGCCAUUGAUGUUACUGUCAAACUUGGGGAUCCACCAAUGCUUGAAGCCAUGGUUCUAUCAUACCGUGGCAAUCACUCCACUGUUGAUAUAAUCAAGAAAUUCAGAAAGCACUUACUUUCUAACGUUAAUGAUGUAAAUCCAUUACAACUUGAGAACAAUAAAUUAUUAGCCAUUGAUGUUACUGUCAAACUUGGGGAUCCACCAAUGCUUGAAGCCAUGGUUCUAUCAUACCGUGGCAAUCACUCCACUGUUGAUAUAAUCAAGAAAUUCAGAAAGCACUUACUUUCUAACGUUAAUGAUGUAAAUCCAUUACAACUUGAGAACAAUAAAUUAUUAGCCAUUGAUGUUACUGUCAAACUUGGGGAUCCACCAAUGCUUGAAGCCAUGGUUCUAUCAUACCGUGGCAAUCACUCCACUGUUGAUAUAAUCAAGAAAUUCAGAAAGCACUUACUUUCUAACGUUAAUGAUGUAAAUCCAUUACAACUUGAGAACAAUAAAUUAUUAGCCAUUGAUGUUACUGUCAAACUUGGGGAUCCACCAAUGCUUGAAGCCAUGGUUCUAUCAUACCGUGGCAAUCACUCCACUGUUGAUAUAAUCAAGAAAUUCAGAAAGCACUUACUUUCUAACGUUAAUGAUGUAAAUCCAUUACAACUUGAGAACAAUAAAUUAUUAGCCAGUAAUGCUCCUGUCAAACUUUGGGAUCUACAAAUGUCUGAAGCCAUGGUUCUAUCAUACCGUGGCAAUCACUCCACUGUUGAUAUAAAUAAGAAAUUUAGAAAGCACUUACUUUCUAACGUUUAUGAUGAAAAUCCAUUACAACUUGAGAACAAUAAAUUAUUAGCCAUUGAUGUUACUGUCAAACUUGGGGAUCCACCAAUGCUUGAAGCCAUGGUUCUAUCAUACCGUGGCAAUCACUCCACUGUUGAUAUAAUCAAGAAAUUCAGAAAGCACUUACUUUCUAACGUUAAUGAUGUAAAUCCAUUACAACUUGAGAACAAUAAAUUAUUAGCCAGUAAUGCUCCUGUCAAACUUUGGGAUCUACAAAUGUCUGAAGCCAUGGUUCUACCAUAUGGUGGCAAUCACUCCACUGUUGAUAUAAAUAAGAAAUUUAGAAAGCACUUACUUUCUAACGUUUAUGAUGAAAAUCCAUUACAACUUGAGAACAAUAAAUUAUUAGCCAGUAAUGCUCCUGUCAAACUUUGGGAUCUACAAAUGUCUGAAGCCAUGGUUCUACCAUAUGGUGGCAAUCACUCCACUGUUGAUAUAAAUAAGAAAUUUAGAAAGCACUUACUUUCUAACGUUUAUGAUGAAAAUCCAUUACAACUUGAGAACAAUAAAUUAUUAGCCAGUAAUGCUCCUGUCAAACUUUGGGAUCUACAAAUGUCUGAAGCCAUGGUUCUACCAUAUGGUGGCAAUCACUCCACUGUUGAUAUAAAUAAGAAAUUUAGAAAGCACUUACUUUCUAACGUUUAUGAUGAAAAUCCAUUACAACUUGAGAACAAUAAAUUAUUAGCCAGUAAUGCUCCUGUCAAACUUUGGGAUCUACAAAUGUCUGAAGCCAUGGUUCUACCAUAUGGUGGCAAUCACUCCACUGUUGAUAUAAAUAAGAAAUUUAGAAAGCACUUACUUUCUAACGUUUAUGAUGAAAAUCCAUUACAACUUGAGAACAAUAAAUUAUUAGCCAGUAAUGCUCCUGUCAAACUUUGGGAUCUACAAAUGUCUGAAGCCAUGGUUCUACCAUAUGGUGGCAAUCACUCCACUGUUGAUAUAAAUAAGAAAUUUAGAAAGCACUUACUUUCUAACGUUUAUGAUGAAAAUCCAUUACAACUUGAGAACAAUAAAUUAUUAGCCAGUAAUGCUCUUGUCAAACUUUGGGAUCUACAAAUGUCUGAAGCCAUGGUUCUACCAUAUGGUGGCAAUCACUCCACUGUUGAUAUAAAUAAGAAAUUUAGAAAGCACUUACUUUCUAACGUUUAUGAUGAAAAUCCAUUACAACUUGAGAACAAUAAAUUAUUAGCCAGUAAUGCUCCUGUCAAACUUUGGGAUCUACAAAUGUCUGAAGCCAUGGUUCUACCAUAUGGUGGCAAUCACUCCACUGUUGAUAUAAAUAAGAAAUUUAGAAAGCACUUACUUUCUAACGUUUAUGAUGAAAAUCCAUUACAACUUGAGAACAAUAAAUUAUUAGCCAGUAAUGCUCCUGUCAAACUUUGGGAUCUACAAAUGUCUGAAGCCAUGGUUCUACCAUAUGGUGGCAAUCACUCCACUGUUGAUAUAAAUAAGAAAUUUAGAAAGCACUUACUUUCUAACGUUUAUGAUGAAAAUCCAUUACAACUUGAGAACAAUAAAUUAUUAGCCAGUAAUGCUCCUGUCAAACUUUGGGAUCUACAAAUGUCUGAAGCCAUGGUUCUACCAUAUGGUGGCAAUCACUCCACUGUUGAUAUAAAUAAGAAAUUUAGAAAGCACUUACUUUCUAACGUUUAUGAUGAAAAUCCAUUACAACUUGAGAACAAUAAAUUAUUAGCCAGUAAUGCUCCUGUCAAACUUUGGGAUCUACAAAUGUCUGAAGCCAUGGUUCUACCAUAUGGUGGCAAUCACUCCACUGUUGAUAUAAAUAAGAAAUUUAGAAAGCACUUACUUUCUAACGUUUAUGAUGAAAAUCCAUUACAACUUGAGAACAAUAAAUUAUUAGCCAGUAAUGCUCCUGUCAAACUUUGGGAUCUACAAAUGUCUGAAGCCAUGGUUCUACCAUAUGGUGGCAAUCACUCCACUGUUGAUAUAAAUAAGAAAUUUAGAAAGCACUUACUUUCUAACGUUUAUGAUGAAAAUCCAUUACAACUUGAGAACAAUAAAUUAUUAGCCAGUAAUGCUCCUGUCAAACUUUGGGAUCUACAAAUGUCUGAAGCCAUGGUUCUACCAUAUGGUGGCAAUCACUCCACUGUUGAUAUAAAUAAGAAAUUUAGAAAGCACUUACUUUCUAACGUUUAUGAUGAAAAUCCAUUACAACUUGAGAACAAUAAAUUAUUAGCCAGUAAUGCUCCUGUCAAACUUUGGGAUCUACAAAUGUCUGAAGCCAUGGUUCUACCAUAUGGUGGCAAUCACUCCACUGUUGAUAUAAAUAAGAAAUUUAGAAAGCACUUACUUUCUAACGUUUAUGAUGAAAAUCCAUUACAACUUGAGAACAAUAAAUUAUUAGCCAGUAAUGCUCCUGUCAAACUUUGGGAUCUACAAAUGUCUGAAGCCAUGGUUCUACCAUAUGGUGGCAAUCACUCCACUGUUGAUAUAAAUAAGAAAUUUAGAAAGCACUUACUUUCUAACGUUUAUGAUGAAAAUCCAUUACAACUUGAGAACAAUAAAUUAUUAGCCAGUAAUGCUCCUGUCAAACUUUGGGAUCUACAAAUGUCUGAAGCCAUGGUUCUACCAUAUGGUGGCAAUCACUCCACUGUUGAUAUAAAUAAGAAAUUUAGAAAGCACUUACUUUCUAACGUUUAUGAUGAAAAUCCAUUACAACUUGAGAACAAUAAAUUAUUAGCCAGUAAUGCUCCUGUCAAACUUUGGGAUCUACAAAUGUCUGAAGCCAUGGUUCUACCAUAUGGUGGCAAUCACUCCACUGUUGAUAUAAAUAAGAAAUUUAGAAAGCACUUACUUUCUAACGUUUAUGAUGAAAAUCCAUUACAACUUGAGAACAAUAAAUUAUUAGCCAGUAAUGCUCCUGUCAAACUUUGGGAUCUACAAAUGUCUGAAGCCAUGGUUCUACCAUAUGGUGGCAAUCACUCCACUGUUGAUAUAAAUAAGAAAUUUAGAAAGCACUUACUUUCUAACGUUUAUGAUGAAAAUCCAUUACAACUUGAGAACAAUAAAUUAUUAGCCAGUAAUGCUCCUGUCAAACUUUGGGAUCUACAAAUGUCUGAAGCCAUGGUUCUACCAUAUGGUGGCAAUCACUCCACUGUUGAUAUAAAUAAGAAAUUUAGAAAGCACUUACUUUCUAACGUUUAUGAUGAAAAUCCAUUACAACUUGAGAACAAUAAAUUAUUAGCCAGUAAUGCUCCUGUCAAACUUUGGGAUCUACAAAUGUCUGAAGCCAUGGUUCUACCAUAUGGUGGCAAUCACUCCACUGUUGAUAUAAAUAAGAAAUUUAGAAAGCACUUACUUUCUAACGUUUAUGAUGAAAAUCCAUUACAACUUGAGAACAAUAAAUUAUUAGCCAGUAAUGCUCCUGUCAAACUUUGGGAUCUACAAAUGUCUGAAGCCAUGGUUCUACCAUAUGGUGGCAAUCACUCCACUGUUGAUAUAAAUAAGAAAUUUAGAAAGCACUUACUUUCUAACGUUUAUGAUGAAAAUCCAUUACAACUUGAGAACAAUAAAUUAUUAGCCAGUAAUGCUCCUGUCAAACUUUGGGAUCUACAAAUGUCUGAAGCCAUGGUUCUACCAUAUGGUGGCAAUCACUCCACUGUUGAUAUAAAUAAGAAAUUUAGAAAGCACUUACUUUCUAACGUUUAUGAUGAAAAUCCAUUACAACUUGAGAACAAUAAAUUAUUAGCCAGUAAUGCUCCUGUCAAACUUUGGGAUCUACAAAUGUCUGAAGCCAUGGUUCUACCAUAUGGUGGCAAUCACUCCACUGUUGAUAUAAAUAAGAAAUUUAGAAAGCACUUACUUUCUAACGUUUAUGAUGAAAAUCCAUUACAACUUGAGAACAAUAAAUUAUUAGCCAGUAAUGCUCCUGUCAAACUUUGGGAUCUACAAAUGUCUGAACCCUCUGUUCUACCAUAUGGUGGCAAUCACUCCACUGUUGAUAUAAAUAAGAAAUUUAGAAAGCACUUACUUUCUAACGUUUAUGAUGAAAAUCCAUUACAACUUGAGAACAAUAAAUUAUUAGCCAGUAAUGCUCCUGUCAAACUUUGGGAUCUACAAAUGUCUGAACCCUCUGUUCUACCAUAUGGUGGCAAUCACUCCACUGUUGAUAUAAAUAAGAAAUUUAGAAAGCACUUACCGGCCCCCCUGAACCUACGGGUCCUCCUGAACCUACCAGUCCCCCCGAACCUACCGGCCCCUGAACCUUACGCCGGCCCCCCUGAAUUCUCUAUUUUUACUGAUUCAUGUGGAAAAAGAUAUGCCAACCUUUCUGGCAUUGGGGGCUACUUGAAGGUUGGCUCCAAAUAUUAUAUAUUUAGUGCUGGCUUUGAAAACGAAUUAGACCUUCAUAAUAAUGAUUUAGAAAUGUUGCCCAUUUUGGUCGCUCUCAAACUUUGGGGUUCACGAAUGUAUGGUGGGAACGUUCUUUUAUACUGUGACAAUCAGUGCACUGUUAAUGCAAUUAAUGGACGCAAAAGGAAAAAGAAGAGUAAAGCUCAAGAAAAGAUGUUAGAGUUAAUUAGGGAUGAAAUAGAAUCAAACAACCUUCAUCUAAGAUGUGAAUACAUUAAGGGUAAAAACAAUCGAAAAGCAGACACGUUAUCAAGACAUCCUAUUGAAAUAUUUACAAGAAAGCUCCCUCAGACCUCUACAUAUGAAGUAUGUAAUGCAACUCCUAUUUUACAAGAAAUUAUUAGGCAUCUUAACCUUUAGCCUGCUGAAUUAUUUUCACACUUCUUACCCCUGACUGACCACGAUGAUUGCGUAUUGAUGAUAGACUUGUCAUUGUUUAAUUAUGUACAGCUGUUUACAGGUUACAAAAUUUUAAGUUAUAUUUAGUAGCUAUAUUCUCGCGAUAUUUU